AUGGGUACUUGUUAACUAAAAAAUUGCAGAUGUGUGUGCUAAUCGGAUAGAUUAGCAUGCCAAUGUGGAAGUUAAAAUACUAUUUUACUAGAAGAAUAAGCAAGAGAGAUUCGGAGAAGAAUAAGUUCAGAUUAGAUGAAAAGAUCAAAUAGAUUCUCAAAUGGUAAAAGCAAAACAGGAUCUCCUGCUCAAUCUAAUUCAAGUGAUUCUUAAAAUAAGACCAAAUUUUCUACGAAUCGGAAAGCUUCAAAUAGGUCUCCAAAUUCAACUGAAAGGUAUUUGAUGUCAGAAGAAUGCAACAUCCCAACAGAAAGUAGCCAACAAAAGAAAAUAAGAAAACCUAAAAUUAGAAAUUUAAAAUUUAAUCGAAGCUUGACCUAUUUCAGUAAAGAAGUCAUAGUCUUGAAAUUUUAAGAUGUCAUUGAUUAACCAUAAAGUUAAAAGGAAGUCAAAGUAGAGUCGCCGCAAUUUUAAACUCUUAAGAAUACCUUGGAAAAUAAAUAAACUUUGGAUUAAAUUUAAUCCUUCAAGGACCCAACAAUAACAAUGAAAACACCUACUACUACUGGAGCAGAAUUAUCCAAUAAUGCAACAUAAUCGGCCCCAUUUUUCAUUCAAUAACCAUCCAUUUCUAGAGAAAGCUCACCAUCUAAAUAAUCGCAUCCAAUUACUUAAGUCAGUAUGGAACCAAAUAUAAACAAACAAUCCUUAUCUGUAAUCACAGAACAACAGUAACUAAAAAACAGAUCACACACAGCCGAUCUGUCAGAUGAUCAAAAGAGUGUUACUCCAAGAAGUGUAUUAAAAUUAUAGCAAAAGAACAAUGAUUCAUUUAGAACUUAACAAUAAGAAAAGCGUAAGGUUAGAUUUGAUCUUCCUAAUUCACAUUACAUCAAGGAGAGAAUAAAGUAAUAACAGAGAUUCUUUAAUUGA